AGGGGGGGAUAAGGGUGACACAGCAGGUAACACACAGCAGGUAACACACAGCAGGUAACACUGAUAGUUUUGAUAAUGCAAGUUCCACACAUUCAUAAGGUUUUGUUGGUAAGAGAACCGGGUAGGACACGAAGUAAUGGGUUUAAACUGGACAAAUUCAGAUUCAACACGGACAUAGGCAAGAAUUGGUUUACUAACAGAGUGGUGGAUGAGUGGAACAGGCUUAGCAGUCAUGUGGAGAGUGCCAAUACAGUUGUCACAUUCAAAAAUAGACUAGAUAAAUUCAUGGACAGCGAGGUCGAGGAAAGACUCAAACCGUUAAACUUGCAUUCUCUAUACAGGCGAAGGGUGCGUGGAGACAUGAUCGAGGUUUAUAAAUGGAUUACAGGCUUUGAUAAGGGAGACAUUCAUAAGGUUUUGUUGGUAAGAGAACCGGGUAGGACACGAAGUAAUGGGUUUAAACUGGACAAAUUCAGAUUCAACAGGGACAUAGGCAAGAAUUGGUGUACUAACAGAGUGGUGGAUGAGUGGAACAGGCUGAGCAGUCAUGUGGUGAGUGCCAAUACAGUUGUCACAUUCAAAAAUAGAUUAGAUAAAUUCAUGGACAGCGAUAUUAGGUGGGGUUAGGUUCACGGGAGCUUAUGUUCUUAUGUUUAUAUGUCCCAUUCUUGUUGUAUCCUGUCCCUGUUGUAUUCUGUCCCUGUUGUAUUCUGUCCCUGUUGUAUCCUGUCCCUGUUGUAUUCUGUCCCUGUUGUAUUCUGGUAUCACUGGUAGCCUGGUAACAUACACUCCCAGGUCUUUCUCUGCCUCUGUGGUGGAUAGUGGAGUGUUUCCCAUGUGGUAUUGGUGUGCUGGAUAUCCCUUCACUGGUAGCCUGGUAACAUACACUCCCAGGUCUUUCUCUGCCUCUGUGGUGGACAGUGGAGUGUUUCCCAUGUGGUAUUGGUGUGCUGGAUAUCCCUUCACUGGUAGCCUGGUAACAUACACUCCCAGGUCUUUCUCUGCCUCUGUGGUGGAUAGUGGAGUGUUUCCCAUGUGGUAUUGGUGUGCUGGAUAUCCCUUCACUGGUAGCCUGGUAACAUACACUCCCAGGUCUUUCUCUGCCUCUGUGGUGGAUAGUGGAGUGUUUCCCAUGUGGUAUUGGUGUGCUGGAUAUCCCUUCACUGGUAGCCUGGUAACAUACACUCCCAGGUCUUUCUCUGCCUCUGUUGUGGAUAGUGGAGUGUUUCCCAUGUGGUAUUGGUGUGCUGGAUAUCCCUUCACUGGUAGCCUGGUAACAUACACUCCCAGGUCUUUCUCUGCCUCUGUGGUGGAUAGUGGAGUGUUUCCCAUGUGGUAUUGGUGUGCUGGAUAUCCCUUCACUGGUAGCCUGGUAACAUACACUCCCAGGUCUUUCUCUGCCUCUGUGGUGGAUAGUGGAGUGUUUCCCAUGUGGUAUUGGUGUGCUGGAUAUCCCUUCACUGGUAGCCUGGUAACAUACACUCCCAGGUCUUUCUCUGCCUCUGUGUGUCCUGUAUGUGACAUGUUUUGUUCUUUCAGGAAAUUGAUUUGGUAUUACUUGAGGAUAUAUUUCAUUCCUGUUAACAUACUUAUUGGUAGUGACAGUAGUGGUAGUUAAUAUUCUAUGCUUUGUAGUGUUACUUAAGACUCUGUUGAUGCUCUGUGGUUAAGUGAUGACAUUAUUAUUAUUAUUAUUAUUAUUAUUAUUAUUAUUAUUAUUAUUAUUAUUAUUAUUAUUAUUAUUAGUGAUGCUUCUUAUAAACUUGUGUGUACAUAGUAAAUUCUGCUACACACACACACACACACACACACACACACACACAUACACACACACACACACACACACACACACACACACACACACACACACACACACACACACACACACACACACACACACACACACACACACACACACACACACACACACACACACACACACACACACACACACACACACACACACACACACACACACACACACACACACACACACACACACACACACACACACACACACACACACACACACACACACACACACACACACACACACACACACACACACACACACACACACACACACACACACACACACACACACACACACACACAUAUACACAAUUUUUCUCAUUUUUUGGUACACAUGAAUGCCCAUAAAUACAUACAUACAUACAUACAUACACACACACACACACACACACACACACACACACAUACAUAUACACAAUUUCUCUCAUUUUUUGGUACACAUGAAUACCCAUAAAUACAUACAUACAUACAUACACACACACACACACAUGUACGCAUAUAUUCAGGGCCUUAUACAUACAUAUAUACAUGAAUGGAUGAUGGAGGUGAUUCUCUCUCUCUCUCUCUCUCUCUCUCUCUCUCUCUCUCUCUCUCUCUCUCUCUCUCUCUCUCUCUCUUUCAGGACCUAAUGGACAAGGUUCCGCCCCCUCGCUCUCUUUAUUUAGAGCGAGUAGACAGUGACCUAAAAAGAGAGAGAGCCUGGUAGA